UCGUCAAAUUACGAUGAUUUUUUUAAGGAAAUUACACGUAUACACUAUAUUAAGUCAACGAAACGUUAUUAUGAUCAUAAUCUUUAUUGCGAUAUAACAUUCUAUAUUCAGAAGACCCGAAUGAACAAAGAUGUGAUGUUCAAAAAAAUCUCAUUUAAAAUUAAAGAAUUUUUUUUAAAGCUUCUAUUUGAAAAAGAACCACUAUCACUGUAG